AUGGCGACCCGGACGAUGCAGGCAGCGCGCUGCCCGACAGACGAGCUCUCCUUAACCAACUGUGCUGUGGUCAGCGAGAAAGACCUGCAGUCGGGCCAGCAUGUUACUGUGAAGACCACGCCGACACAUAAAUUUGUGUUUACAGUGAAGAGCCAUCACACAGUGGCCCCAGGAACCAUCGCGUUCAGUCUGCCACAGAGAAAAUGGGCUGGUCUGUCUAUCGGGCAGGAAGUAGAAGUGGCCAACUACAACUUUGAUAAGUCGAAGCAGUGCAUUGGAGCGAUGACCAUAGAGAUCGACUUCCUGCAGAAGAAGAGCACAGACUCCAGCCCGUACGACUCCGAUAAGAUGGCCAGCGAGUUUAUCCAGCAGUUCAACAACCAGGCGUUCUCUGUGGGUCAGCAGCUGGUGUUCAGUUUCUGUGAUAAGCUCUUCGGUUUGGUGGUGAAAGAUAUGGAAGCGAUGGACCCCAGCAUCCUGAAGGGGGAGCCAGCAUCCGGCAAGAAACAGAAGAUCGAGAUCGGGCUGCUGGUGGGAAACAGUCAGGUGAUUUUUGAAAAGGCAGAGAGCUCGUCCCUCAACCUCGUCGGAAAGGCCAAAACUAAAGAAGCUCGUCAAACCAUCAUUAACCCUGACUGGAACUUCGAGCGGAUGGGAAUCGGAGGCCUGGAUAAGGAAUUUUCUGACAUCUUCAGGAGGGCCUUUGCAUCUCGUGUUUUCCCUCCAGAUAUCGUGGAACAGAUGGGCUGCAAACAUGUGAAGGGAAUUCUGCUGUUUGGUCCUCCGGGUUGUGGAAAGACUCUGAUGGCUCGGCAGAUCGGAAAGAUGCUGAACGCUCGUGAGCCAAAGAUCGUAAACGGUCCCGAAAUCCUGAACAAAUACGUUGGAGAGUCGGAGGCGAACAUCCGGAAACUGUUUGCAGACGCAGAGGAAGAACAGAAGAGGCUGGGGGCUAACAGUGGUCUGCACAUUAUAAUCUUUGAUGAGUUGGAUGCGAUCUGUAAGCAGAGAGGAACCGGAGCAAGCAGCACUGGAGUUCACGACACUGUAGUCAAUCAGCUGCUGUCCAAAAUUGAUGGAGUGGAGCAACUUAACAACAUCCUGGUUAUAGGAAUGACUAACAGGCCGGACCUGAUAGACGACGCUCUGAUGAGGCCGGGCAGGUUCGAAGUGAAGAUGGAAAUCGGUCUGCCAGAUGAAAAAGGUCGUCUUCAGAUUCUGAGUAUCCACACGGCGAAGAUGCGUGAGUUUAAACUGCUGUCCACCGAUGUGGACCUGAAGGAGCUGGCGGGCGAAACCAAAAACUACAGUGGAGCGGAGUUGGAGGGGCUGGUCAGAGCGGCCCAGUCCACCGCCAUGAACCGCCACAUCAAGGCCACAGCGACAGUGGAGGUGGAUCUGGAGAAAGCUGAGAAGCUGCAGGUCACCAGAGCCGACUUUAUGGGCUCUCUGAACAACGACAUCAAACCUGCCUUUGGGACUAAUCAGGAGGAUUAUGCCAGCUACAUAAUGAAUGGGAUUAUUAAGUGGGGUGACCCUGUGACCCGCGUGCUGGAGGAUGGAGAGCUGCUCGUCCAGCAAACGAAAAACAGUGACCGAACACCACUGGUGGCCGUGCUGCUGGAGGGUCCUCCUCACAGUGGAAAAACAGCGCUGGCUGCUAAAAUCGCUGAAGACUCUCAGUUUCCCUUCAUUAAAAUCUGCUCUCCGGACAAAAUGAUCGGCAAUUCUGAAGUAUCCAAGUGUCAGGCCAUCAAAAAGAUUUUUGAUGAUGCGUAUAAGUCUCAGCUGAGCUGUGUGGUGGUGGAUGAUAUCGAACGUCUUCUGGAUUAUGUUCCCAUUGGCCCUCGGUUCUCUAACCUGGUUCUGCAGGCUCUGCUGGUUCUGCUGAAGAAAGCACCACCUCAAGGCCGUAAGCUGCUCAUCAUCGGGACCACCAGCCGGAAGGAUGUUCUGCAGGAGAUGGAGAUGCUCGAUGCUUUCAGCACCACCAUCCACAUACCCAACAUCUCCAGUGGAGAACACCUGGUGGAAGCUCUGGAGCUCUUGGGGAGUUUUACAGAUGCAGAAAGAGCCACUAUUGCCCAGCAGGUGAAGGGAAAACGAGUCUGGAUCGGCAUCAAAAAACUCCUUAUGCUCAUUGAAAUGUCCCUGCAGAUGGAUCAGGAGUACCGAGUCAGUAAAUUUCUCUCUCUGCUUCGGGACGAAGGAGCAGACCGAGGGUUCUACGAGUAACAGGCCAGACCGACGGGGGCGUCGUUUCCUUCACAUCCCAUUUUUCUGCACGUCAGUGAAACGUUCCUUGAACCUCCAGCCGCCGUCGUUCCAUCACUAAGAGAACCGUCACCGCUGAGUGUGAUUAUGCUGUCUAAUCACAUCUCACUGCAAUACUCACCACUCUGAAUCGUGUUCUGUGCUCCGUGUGCUGUUUCUGUUUGCUGAUGUCAGUUCAUUUGAAGAUAAUGAUGAAAUAAAAUAGCCAAGAGCCAUAAAGAUAUACAAAAUCAUCCAGAGAGAAAAAGUUUAUCAUAAAUGUAGUUUGAGUGUGAAUAUAUAUAUAUAUAUAUCAUAUAAAAAUACAGAAUAUUUAUCACGCUAGCAGUAUUGAAAUAUCUAGCUGAGAGGUGCGAGUUGUGUUGGUGUGAAGUUCAGGUGAGCUGUGCUGUGUCGUGUGUUCAGUUCCUUUCUUUAUCUGUGACUCAGCUGGUAGAUUAACAUUCCGUUUGUGUGAGUAACUGAAUUCUGCGCUCGGGUCGUCCAGCAGAAUAACGCACGUAUUCUAACACAUCAGUUCUGCUUUUAGUUUGAUUGUUGGUUCAGCUUAUGGAGUGCAGGUUGGUACCAUUUAGAACUCCUGUGUCCAUUAAGUGUGUGUGUGUGUGUGUGUGUGUGUGUGUACUGAAAAGUCCAGCACUUUGCUGAGUGAAUAAGCUGUACUGAAGAACAACCUUUACUAUAACAGUGACACUGUCCUUUAGUCCUUUAAUCCUUUAUUUAUAUUUGAUCUUAACUCACUGUUAACUGGUGUGCUGCUCAGGGGUGGGGGAGGGGGUAUUUCACGUUCUGAGUGAACAAACUUGUGUUGAUCAGUUUGGUGGGUGUAUAGAUAUUGAUUUUUGAAAAAAACCUUUGUUUUGUUAAUUUAUUAUUUUUGCCUGCCUGUUGCUCUGCCCCCUGUAUGAAUAGUGCUUGAUGUUUAGAGCUGUUUGUCAUUAAUAAAUAUUGAAGCUGUUAUUGCAGUUUGAAGCUGUAUUAUUGCAAUAAAGUCUGUCACAUGGAUGGAAA